UCCUUCUUAAUCUUGAAACAAAGUUUGGUACCUAGUGGGAGGGCAACCAUUUUGGGGCCAUGAGAGAGGAAGGAGGAACACAGUGCUGCAUAUCAGUAAUACGGCAAAAAUGAGGAAAAAGAGGUUACCCCAUGUGAUGUCUCAGUUUUAUCAGACAUGGGCUUCCUACAUGUUCAUUGUGUACAUAAAAUAUACAUCUUAUUUUCUAUAAGUAUUAACCUUCCUUAGAGCUGAUCACAAGCACACAGCUACAAAAUGAUAUGGAUUAUUAUAUUUCACUUGUAAUAAUAUUAAAUGGGCAUAACCUGCUACCCAGCUUCUUUGCAGUGGAUUCCCCAACAUCCCAGUUCCACUCUAGACAGGGUGAGUGUCAGAACAGCACUGGCUAGGAAAUACCAUGGGGAUUUCUGGCCAAAAAUUGGGUGGAUCACAUGAAGCAGAGAUGGUCAGUGCCUCUGACUGCUGAUCUGUGUCCCCACAGAGCCCAGAGCACAUGGCUGCCCUAACCAUGGAUGACACCACGAGCAGCAGCUGACUUGGCCUUUGGAGUGAGCACAUGUUGCCUCCGAUUCCCUCCCCAAAUUUCAGGAAGAGUUCUCCAGCUGUGAUUUCUCCACGAGUCUCUUCUGACAAAGAAAUCUAGAGGACAAGGUGAACGACGAAGAAAUGGCCAGUUCUCAGGGACUGCUGACAUUCAGGGAUGUGGCCAUAGAAUUCUCUCAGGAGGAGUGGGGAUUCCUGAACCACACUCAGCGGGAACUGUACAGGGAUGUGAUGUUAGAGAACUACGGACACCUCCUCUUCUUGGGUCUUAUUGUGUGGAAGCCAGACCUGGUCAUCUUUUUGGAGCAAGAGAAGCAACUCUGGGAUGUGAGGAGAAAGGAAACAGUAGCCUUCCAUCCAGGUAGGUGGGAAUGA